AAACCCAGUGAGCUGCAGGCAUACACGCGGUUCAGGUAUCUCUGAGGCUCAGAACUGCUGUGCACACAGGCAGCUCGCUGCGAUUUGAGACACGGCCCUGCGCUGCAGUUCCGGUGUGUGGCCCACAGGAGGCGGAAGGACCGGCGUUCACUGCGCAUCUCAGCUGAGCUGGAGACCGAGAGCGCGCUCAGUGCCGCUCAGAUACGCGUUCAUCAGCCUCGCCGUCACCAUCAUGUCUACGGCGGAUCACACGCUCAUGCACGGCAGCUGGGGCAGUAACGCGCCCGCGGGGAACGCGAUGGAGAAGCCGAAGAACAAGGGCUUCAGCCUGAUCAGGAUGAUGUCUCUGAACUACAGAAAGGAGAACAAGAAUCCGCAGCAGCAGCAGCAUCACAACAACAUGCCCUUCAUGAUCCACUGCCACAUCGGCAAAGAGAUCAAACACAUAUGCAGCAACUGCAGCCGCGGCAGCCUCGCGCAGGACGAGGAGGUGGAGAAACUGGCCUCCAUUCACGCCGAGUCCCUGGUGUCCGGAUCGCACGCGGCACCCAUCCACUGCAGGAGCAGGUUUGCCUCUCUGGGACGCCUCUUCAAACCCUGGAAGUGGAGGAAGAAGAAGAGCGAGAAGUUCAAGCAGAGGUCGACCGCUCUGGAGAGGAAGAUGUCGGUGCGGCAGAGCCGAGAGGAGCUGAUCAAGCGAGGAGUGCUGAAGGAGAUCUUUGAGAAAGACUCCAGAAUCGCGGCUGUGAUGGAGAACGGAUUGCCUUCAGACUGCGAGCGGCCCGCGGAGGACAGACAGAGGACCGCCGCUGUUGACUUCCGCUUGUCUCUGGAUGGAGGAGUAUGUGCUCAGGACAACACGCUCAAGUCGCUCACGCUUCCUCCCAAGAAAACCGUCACCUUCCCCAGUGACCUUCAGGAGCCGCCCCCCAAACCUCAGCUCAUCCAUAAACAGCCUCCCGCCCUGCCGCCCAAACCCUUCUCCAGACUGACCAAUCACAGCACAGACUCGUCGUGUCUGCAGGGCAAGCCGUCUCCUCCUCUGCCUCCUAAGAAGCUGCUGCUGUACUCGUCCUCGUUGGGUCAGUACUCUCGCCCGCUGCAGCUGCAGUACAGCGCCGCUCACCCGUCCAGCCGGAUCAUCCUCGAGCUGCAGAAGACGCUGGCGCUGGCCAUGCAGAGGCUCGACAGCUCUGCGGUUCACGCGGGUCAGUACAGCGCUCCUCUCCCGGCCGUGGUGAUCGACUGUGACGAUGAUAAAGAGAACAUCUCCAACGAGUCUGACUACGAGGACCUGCCCAGCAUGUAUAAGGAUGAAGAGCAGGAGGAGGACGAGGAGGAGGAUGAAGAUGACGAUGACGAUGAUUCGCUCUUUACAAACACACUGGCGCUGAAGAUCUUGAGGAAGGACUCUCUGGCGGUGAAGCUGAGUAACAGGCCGUCUCAGAGAGAACUGCAGGAGAAGAACAUCUUACCUGUGCAGACGGAUGAGGAGCGACUGCAGUCCAGACAGCUCAUCGGCACCAAACUCACACGGAGACUGAGCCAGAGACCCACGGCUGAAGAGCUGGAGCAGAGGAACAUCCUCAAACCUCGUAAUGAACAGGAGCAGAUGGAGGAGAAGAGAGAGAUCAGACGCCGGCUCUCACGCAAGUUGAGUCAGAGGCCCACGGUGGAGGAUCUGCGUCGAGCCAGGAUCCUCAUCCACUUCUGUGAUUACGUGGAGGUGGCAGACGCUCAGGACUACGACAGACGCACAGACAAACCCUGGACGAGACUCACGGCGGCCGACAAGGCCGCCAUCAGGAAAGAGCUGAAUGAUUUCAAGAGCAAUGAGAUGGAGGUGCACGAGUCCAGCCGCCAUCUGACCAGGUUUCACCGGCCGUAGCGGAGCAGCGGAGACGUCUGAGGUGCUUCUGCAGAACUGACCAUCGUCCUCAGAUCAGCGGUUCUCCGGCUGCGAGCGGCUCUUUGAAGCACUAUUGCACUGCAUUCGCACCAGCACCAGCACCAGCGCUUUCACGAGCGGCUCCCACGAUCCGCGGUGCUGGUGUUUACAGGACUCGCCCUCAAACUGUGACUCGACCCUCAUUCACAUCUGUGUGAAGCGUCUCCUUCAUCAGGGCCUGAGACUCGUCUCUUACUGCAUUAUUCUCGUUUCACGUCCGUUUUGUAUAUCGAAGGCUCUCUGUGUUCGUCCCACAUGUGUGUGUGGGUUAUGAUUGUUUUAAGUUAUUUUUAGACCAUUUUUCUAGCGUAACUUCAUCAUUUGCAUGCUUGUUUCGCGCUCUUGUGAUGCCUGUCAGCAAAUGUCCUGAAGGUCUUUGUUUUAUUCAUGUUUCUCUUUUUUUCUUUUGCCUGUUAUUUUUGUUUUGUACGAUUCAUUUUUAAGUUAAAUAUAUUUUAACAUUCUCUUGCACUGUGUUUAUUGGAAUCACAAACAACUUGUUUUCAAGCACCCAUCCUCCAUCUUUCUGAACUCGCCUUUAAUAAACGAGACGAGCGGUUUAAUUAUCACAGACAGGCUGCGCUGCGCUGGCAGGCGUGUGGUCCUCGUCAUCGGCCGCUCGGGCUCUGUCUGUUCUCAGUGUUUUUCAGGAUGUUUGACUCUUGUGCUCAUUGACUGUAGCUCAGUGGUGCAGUGUGGCGCUCGCAACGCCAGGCUCACGGGUUCGAGUCCCAUGGGAACCACGUGAUUAAUUGUAGACGUUUGAAUGCUUGAGUAAGUCCUAAUGGAAGGAUGCUGGUUUGCUUUAACGUAAACGAUUAAGUUGCACAGACGAGGGACGCCAAAGGAUCAAAACUCAGACGAAUGUCAUAGAAACGACAAAUCAACCUUUUCAAAUCGAGUCUUAUUUCAAUACUGACACAUCCAGUGGAUGAAGCUACAAUCAUAUUCUGCAUGCACUUUAAUGAUAUGCACAAUGUUUUGUUUUUUUUCAUCAUUUGAAGUAGAUUUCGGUUGAUUUGUUGAUCCCUCGUGUUAAACUAAAGUCCUGUAAUGAGAGACUUUCUGUGAAUUUUGAUCAUAAACUGAAACCAGUCGUGAAGGAUGAAACUCCGCAUUUCCCAACAUCAGUAUGAGUUUAAUGAAUCUCUCGUGAUGCUCAGGUAGCAAGAUGUUUUCCAGGACAAUGUGACGAUCAAACGACAUCAGCGGAGGGAAGAGUCCAGCAGGAACAUUUUCACCAGGACUGCUUCAAACCGUGACGUGGUUCUGGAGUCGAGACGGCCGAUCUUCAGGCAGCUUGAACGCCACAACAAUCAACCAUCAGCGCCACUGAACUCAGCCCGUGUGGACAAACCGAACCUUUCAAGGAACUAAAUCAUCUUUUUAACAAUAGUGUGAUUUUGAGAACUUUUAGAAACUGCAUGAGUUUAUAUGAGUGAGUGACGAACCGUCCUGAAGCAUUGUGUGUCUCCGAGGGACGCCAUGAUUUCAGCAAUAAAACUGACCUUAUAUACGUGUGUGUGUGUGUGUGU